CAGAGCCCGCCCUCCGUGCGGCCCAUCCCGGCCGUCCCGCCGCUCCCGGCCGGCGCUCCCUCCUCCCCCCGCUGCUGCCGACGUGGCGGGGCGGGGACGGAGCCGGGGGCGCGACGGACUGCGGAGCGAAUUGAAAAUGUCUGAAGACUCAUGUGAUGGCAUCCCAUCUGAAGAAAAACCUGAAGUAAUGGAAACACCCAGCACUGAUGUAUUGCCUCAGGAGUCAGUAGUGCACCCUGUGGAAGCUGAGAUCCUGCCUGCAUCCUCACAAGAUGAGCAGGGACAGGCCGCUCAGAGUGCCAGUAAUGAACAGAAGGGAGAUGUAUUUAUUAAUGAAAAUCCUUUGACUGAAGAAAUAGCUGAAAGUCUGCCUUCCAAUGGAGAGGUGGCUGAAGACGUGCCCACUGAGUGCAUUGAGACUGUAAGCCUUGAUACAGAACCUGAGCCUGAAGAAACACCACCUGAACAAAGUAGUUCAGCUGCAGACUCAUCUAAAGCAAGUAGAUGGGGAGCUUGGGGCUCCUGGGGCAAGUCUCUCCUGUCAUCAGCUUCAGCCACAGUGGGUCAUGGGAUAACAGCAGUAAAAGAGAAAGCAGGAACUACCCUAGGAAUUCAUCAUGCAAGUUCAGCAUCUUCAGAAGCAGCAGAGCAUCCUGCAGCUGAAACAUCAAUUACACAAGUAGAAGAUUCUCCUGACCAAAGCUCUUCUGAGAAUAUUCCUCCUUCCCCUUCAUCUGGAUCUCGUGGGAUGUUGUCAGCUAUCACUAAUGUCGUACAGAACACAGGGAAAAGUGUAUUAUCUGGAGGCUUAGAUGCUUUGGAAUUUAUUGGGAAGACAACCAUGAAUGUCCUUGCAGAAAACGAUCCUGGGUUUAAGAGAACAAAAACACUGAUGGCAAGAACAGUUUCUUUGUCUCAGCUGCUGCGAGAAGCUAAAGAAAAAGAGAAACUGAGACGGGCCCAGCAAGUUACAGUUGAAAGAACAGCACACUAUGGACUGCUUUUUGAUGAGUUCCAGGGUUUGUCUCAUCUUGAAGCUCUAGAAAUCUUGUCAAAUGAAAGUGAAAACCAGAUUCAGUCCUAUUUGGAAACACUUGAUGGAGAGCAGUUGGAGAUUGUGAAAAAUGAUUUAAUUGCUAUAAAGGAGAUUUUUGUCCCAGCGGAAUCAGACGAUGAAGUGGUACAGGCACAGAAAGCAGAUAUGGGAGAAGAAUUUGUCAGCAUGCUCACAGAGCUGCUAUUUGAAUUACAUGUGGCUGCAACUCCUGACAAACUGAACAAGGCUAGGAAGAAAGCUCACGAGUGGCUGGAAGAAGCCAGUUUAUCCUCCUCAGCUGACAUAGAAGAGAAGCUGAAAGAAAAACCUGGAGAGCCUGAUGAAGAAAAGACUGAAGAAGGAAAAGACAAAAUUGACAAUGAUAAAUCAGGAGUAAAUAAAAGCAAAACUGUGGAGGAAAUCUACAUGCUGUCCAUUGAAAGUCUGGCUGAGGUAACUGCUCGUUGUAUAGAACAGCUUCAUAAAGUAGCGGAAUUAAUUCUACAUGGGCAGGAAGUAGAAAAGACGGCUCAAGAUCAAGCAAAAGUACUGACAAAUUUAACAGGUGCUAUGUGCAAUGAAGUUUCAUCUUUAUCAAAGAAGUUUUCUGAUUCUUUAACAGCAGCUGGGAGCAGUAUGAAGGCAGAGGUUCUUAACCCUAUCAUUGACAGUGUAUUAUUAGAGGGCUGCAACAGUACUACUUACAUUCAGGAUGCUUUCCAGCUAUUGCUUCCAGUGCUGCAGAUCUCACAUAUCCAGACCAGCUGUUUGAAAGCACAAGAGUGACGGUCUCCCAGCAGUUGUCACCUCUGGGCCUAACAGAGACCACAAAGCCUUUUGGUGUGUACAGCUGGAAGAGGUGGUAUGGAAGAUGUCUGGCCUCCAAGAGUUCUCUGAAGACACUCAAUGCAGUUUUGCACAUACAAUAUCAAGCAACAUCUUAAAGCUCUUUCAGACUUUCAGAUUUCAGAAACAGUUAGAAAAGUGAGUCAUUACUUUUCCAUCAGAGUACAGCCCUUGCAUUAAUUUAAAUUGGAUUAAUGAUUUAUUGGUAUUGACAUAAAAACAGAUUCUAAACGUUGACCCUUGUGGUUGUGCACAACAUAUGAAGCCAAUUAGAACGGGAAGUUCCUUAAGACAUUUCAGCCCAAACAGUAAUUUCCUUUGCUUGCUUCCUGUCAGUUAAAAAUGUGUGUUUCAAAAGGUGCUCUCAGUAUUUAAGUUUAGUCAACAUGAACAAAUUACCAUAGUGUUGCACUUGUUAAUUAUUAUUUACAGUAGUAUGUGAUAACCUCGUAAUAAUCUCACUACUUACUUAACUGUAUGUGUUUGAGGGGUUGCACAGCAUUAGGCACUAACUUACCCUAGUUAAAAGUCUGGAGGAUAUGCAUCCAGAAUUGUACUAAAAAGAAAUGGAGUGAGGCAGAAAUUCUCCCCUCUUUUAAUUACUUGACAGCAGUUUACAAACCCCCCUCACUCCCCCCCCAAAUAAUCUCCUGUCAGAUGUGUUACCAGGUUACCUCUUUGGGUUCUAAUUCGGUGUUCAAAUAUUAUGAACCUUUUUACCAAAAGGAGUUACAAACACUGACGAGUCAGAACUAUCAUUUUGGGGCACAACAGUGAAGUUGUGCAGAGAGGUGAUGAAGACAAUUGGUGUGGUGGGUAUGUUGGAACAGUCACUGUUUCUUUGAGGCAGUGGCUUGACAGUGCAGCUGAGCAGCAGGAAUGCUGCAGAGUAACACUAACAGCCGUGAUAACUUCACGUACUCUUAACUCAAAGUCCUGAGCGGUGAACCUCAGUGUUUCUUUAGCCCAGUUUACUUCCAAAGACAGGAAGACCCUUCCUGUAUUAGAUGUAUCCUUUUCUCCUGGAUUUUUGUUAUUACAUCUCUCACAGCUAUUUUGUAUUUUUUUUUCUUUCCAAUACACUCAUAAAUUCUAUUUAAGUAUUUUUUAAUUGUAGCUAAGAUCUGAUUAUGUUUAAUCAUAGGUGCAUAGUUCAUACGUUGUAAAAACUAGGGAACAGAGGAAGCAAUGUCCUGUUUGUUAGAAAGGAGGAGCCAUGUAUCUGCUUUGCGUACGGUGAGUCCACAGAAAUGAUGACAGGAAGGUCUGUCUCUGUCUUACACUGUUGUCCCUGAUCUGCAGUUAUAGGCAUUGUGACUUUUCCAUCUUUUGAUAUUAAAGGAUGAAGUUUUCACUACCCCACGCAAUCAGUUCUUUAUGCAGGAUGUAUUUUCUACCAUUCUGUAAUUUAAAACCUUUGAGACAUCUUUCUGGGAAAGCAGGAGUAUGGCCUUCAAAUGCACUUGUACAGAAUGUGCUUUAAAAAGUGCUGGGAGCAAAAGUAAGCAAACCUCUUGGCAGCUGGGAAGGGAAAGAGAGUUUGACAUUUGUUGGUAUUGAUGCCAUAUUGAACUGCUGACUUCACCAUGAUGUGAUAGAAAAAGGAGACACUGGAAAAUGUAACUGGUGAGUGGACUCAGCAGCCCAAGGUAGGAUACAGCUCCCCACAACCACAGUAUCUGUGUGUGCUGCUUCCAUCUGAUGUUUCUUCAUUUCUGGAAGCAUGUUUCCAAAUGAAAACCUUUUAACUCAGUGUUUCUCUGACCUCUGCACCUUGAGAGGAAUAAAAGAGGAAUAAACAUACUCCUCUGUGCUAGUCCUGCCUGGUUGCUGCAAGAAACAUGCAUUCAUGUACAAGACCAGGAGUGACUCCUGUAUACACACAGGCCCAGAACAACCCCUCAGUGUGAAUUACUGAAGACCACGUGCUUUCUCCACAUACUUGACCACAAGCAGUUUUCAAUUAUAAGUUUCUGGACACCAAUUAAAAUAGUCAAAAACCUGUAAA